GCUUGUUUGUUGCAUUGCUCAAUACAAACCAAACUCACACACUAUGCUGGCUGUAUCAUCGCGCCACAUUCUCACCCUUGCCGCUCGGCGUCGGCUUGCGCAAUCCGCUUCAUCGUUCCGCCCAAGCAGUGCAAUUCAACCCCAGCCCAGUCGCGGGUUUGCCUCGCUGUCUGACGGCGGCAUUGCUUCCAUUGCCUCAUCACCCAAGCUGGUCGACCCUGCAACGGGCCUCGUGCGCUGGGCUGACGGGUUUACGCGCUCGCACAUCGCUGGCCAGCAGGCAGGCGCGCCUCCGCUCCUGUUCCACACGAUUGGCCAGGAGCUCGACCGCGCCGCUUCGACUGCCCGCGACAACAACCCAGACGCCACUGCCCUCGUCGUCGUGCACCAGGGCGUCCGCUGGUCCUGGCGCCAACUUCAAACCUACGCUGAUGAUCUUGGAGCGCGAUUGCUCACAACGCUCAAGCUGCAGCCGGGAGACCGCGUCGGAGCCUGGUUGCCGAAUUGCUGGGAGUAUCUGCUGCUGCAAUUGGCGUGCGCCAAGGCGGGUCUGGUGCUUGUCACGGUCAACCCGGCGUACACGGGCAGUGAACUCGCCUUUUCGGUCAAUUUGGUGGAUAUGCGCGCGUUGGUGCUUCCGCCGGUUGUUGGCAAGGUCGACUUUUUGGCGCGGUUUGAAGACGCGUGUGCUGCUGCUGCGCCGCCCGUCAAGAACGCGUCGUCAACAAGCUCCCACCAGAUCCGUCCGAAGUACGCAAGCAUGCCAGGGCUGCAACAUGUGCUGUACACGAGUGGCACGUCCAAUGCCAAUACGCGCGCAAAUGCGCUCGGCUUUCUGCCUUUCGACUCUGUUGCUCCCCGAGCGGUCGACCAGUCUGCCCCGCUCGACGCCCACCACCUUCUCUUGACCGACGUCGUCAAGAACCCGCACCACUGCGUCAACAUCCAGUUCACCAGUGGCACCACUGGCAAGCCCAAGGCCUCCACCCUGUCGCACUUUAACAUUUUGAACAAUGGCGCAAUGGUUGGGCAUUAUCUCCGCCAAACCCCCGCAGAUCGCGUUUGCAUUCCCGUCCCGCUCUAUCAUUGUUUUGGCAUGGUCAUGUCGAAUCUUGCGUGCCUGACCCACCGCUCCGUCAUGGUGUACCCCUCGCCAAACUUCGACCCAGAGGCGGCACUUCGAGCCGUGCUGGACGAAAAGUGCACCAUUCUGCACGGCGUGCCGACAAUGUUCCUUGCCAUGCUCAACAACCCGCUGGCCGCCUCGGGCGACUUGAGCCGCCUGAGGACUGGCAUUAUGGCCGGGUCCAUUUGCCCGGCAGAGAUCAUGAACCGCGUGCGAAGCAACCUCCAUGUUCCCGGCAUUACGAUUUGCUACGGCAUGACCGAAACGAGCCCAGUGUCGAUGCAGACUGGGCACGACGACAGCGUUGAAGACCGCCUCCACACCGUCGGCCAGAUUCACCCGCACCUGGAAGUGAAGGUCGUGGAUCCAAUCACGCUCAAGACGGUGCCAAUCGGCGCCCCAGGCGAGCUGCUCACUCGAGGCUACUCGGUCAUGAAGGGCUACUGGGCCAAUCCGACUGCCUCGCGCGAGUCCAUCAUUGACGAUGCCACCGUCGACGCGGACGUGAGCGGCCGCCCUGCUCCAAUCUUCCCCACAGCCGAAACGGUUCAGUCCAUCCAGGAGGCCAACGCAGCAGACCCGGAUCCGUGCAAGGUGCCUGGCCUGCUGCAAAACCUCGACUUGCGCGGUUGGAUGCGCACCGGCGAUCUUGCGACGAUUGACAACCGAGGCUACGGCAAGAUUGUUGGCCGCAUCAAGGACAUGAUCAUUCGCGGCGGCGAGAACAUUUUCCCUCGUGAAAUCGAAGACCACCUCUUUUCGCACUCCCUGGUGCAAAAUGUGGCUGUUGUUGGCUUGCCGGACGAGCACUAUGGUGAGAAAGUGUGCGCCUGCAUCAUCAUCAAGGACGGCACUGCCGCGGAUUGGCUCCGUUCCGCCGGCGGCGCUGCCAAAGAGCACCACGCCUUGGACGACGCAGCGAUUGUCGCCAAGCACCACCAUCUGAUCGAGUCCGAGCUCCGAUCGCAUUGCUCCAAGCACCUCGCGCGGUUCAAAGUCCCCAAGCACAUGCGCAUCAUGCCUCAUUUCCCACUCACCGUGACAGGAAAGAUCCAAAAGUUUAUGCUUCGCGAUCAGAUGCAUGCCGAGUUCCAACGCGAUUCUUGAGAGUCGUGUCCAAGUUUGUGUGUGUGUGUGUGUGUGCCGAUGUGCGGUGUCUGUUCGUACUACUCAGUUGCCUUUUUACCUCUGUUGAGCAAUCGAUCCGAUCCAUCAAGACGCACAUUGUAACGGCGUGAAUACAUUUUUGGAGGAGGGGG